AUGAGCGCGCAGACCAAGGGCCAGGCCCUGAUUGAGAUGUGCAACCGGAUGCGGGUCGGGAACGACGCCCUCGACUGGCGCGAAACCAUCCUUGAAUCCGAGCGCGUGGAGUGCUUCCGUGCCAAGGACUACCUGCGCUACAUGUCGCAUCCGCAGAACGCCGCCCUCCUCGACGCGCUCGCCGCGCUGCUCGGCGUGCCCCAGGACGCGCCCGACCUCACCGGCGCGGGGUACGCCGCGGGGUCGCCCGUGGCGCGGGCCUCCGCGGUGCUCUCGCAGCUCGCGCGCCGCGGCGCGGUCGUCAAGGCCGACCGGUUCAGCAAGAAGCUGCGAGAGGGGCAGAAGAAGCUGCCCAAGUGGCCCAAGCGGCUGAUCCCGGCCAAGGGCGACGCGGUGGACCCGGCGCUGUUCUACGUGUGGACCUUCGCGCGCCCGUCCUCGCCGUGGUCGACGAUCAUCUCGAUCCUCGUCGCAGUGGGCAUCAUGUCCGCGUGCCUCCUCCCGAUCGCGCCCAUGUGGGUCAAGUGGGGGGUGUUAUAUUUGGCGUACGGGUUCCUCGGCGUCAUCUUCGGGUUCGUCGGCCUGCGCGCCGCGAUCUUCGCCGUCCUCUGGAUCGCCGCGGGCUACCACCUGUGGGUCAUGCCGCUCAUCUUCGACGACCGCGCCACCAUCGCCGACGCCUUCACCACGUUCGUCAACUCGGACUACGCCGCGCAGCCGGCGUCGGCGCUCAACCGCGCCCUGGUGGCCACGGCGGUGUCGGGGCUGUCGGUCCUCGCGGUCAAGUUCGGGAACUCGGACUCGGUCGCGAGCGUGCGCGACGGCAUGGCCGCCAACAUCGGCCGCACGAUGGACUUCUUCAACAUGGGCGGGGAGCAGGCGGAAGCGAUCGGGUCCGGCGAGGACGGGGACCAGCCGUACCGCGUGCGCGCGCCGUUCAACCCCAUGACCGCAGGUUCGUUUGGGGCGCACUCGUUCGCGGACCUGAUACAGUCCGCGGGGCCGUUCCCGGGCGAGGACAAGGGGAAGGAGAAGAAGGCGAGCGAGGACGCUGCCGGCGCGGACGCGCAGAAAGAGCCCGGCAGCGAGGGGGGUGACGCCGCGGAGGAGUGCGGGGGGGAGGGCGCCGAGUGCCCGGGCGCGGGCGACGGCGCGGCGGCGGACGAGGAGGACCUCGACGGCGAGGAGCCCGCGGACGACCUGAAGUCGCUCGACGAGAUCAUGGCGGAGCUGGAGGCGGAGAUGGAGGGGGAGGGGUUGGAGGAGGAUGCUGACGUCGGAGGGGGGGGUGUUGGGGCAGGGGACGGCGCGGGGCGCGGCGAGGCGAAGGACGAGUUGUGA